AUGUCGACCAAACUAUCCACUGGAGCAACCACUCGAGAUUCUCAAGUCAAAAAUCGAAAUAUGGCUGAAGCUACGGGCCUCCAACAUCAGAAGAGCACCGAGGGUGACAAAAAGUCCGAUGAAUGGCUCUAUGAAAUGAUAGACUCUAUGAUAAUCCAAUCUGAUAGAUAUCAUAGUAGCAUGUCGGCGUUCGUCAAAUCGGGGUUAAUCAAAGACCGGCAAGAUGUUGAGGAAGCAAUAAACAAAAUCGAAGUCAGUAUUCAUGAGUUGAGAGAUGCAAAAGGCAGGCUAUCGGAUACAACGAGUGAAGAUCAAGCGUCUCAGACCGCGCAUUGGUUCGAGGAGCUGAUACCUCCAGGCUCAAGCUGGGAGAAAUUAGUAGAGCUAUAUAUACUUGAAAACAAGUCCAGCUGGAAGAAAAAAUUGAGGGGCUUUAUUGUUAGCGUGCGUGGAGCUAUGGGGAGACUCGUUGAAACCAACAAGCUUUGUAUCUUCACAGGCACGUCCAGUCAAUACACGAAAGCAGAUCCAUACUCUAAAAACUGCGAGCUCAUAAUCGAUAUCAUACCAUUCGAAGCACUUCUCAUACCCGUUACAACUGCCCAGGAUGUUCAAACUCCCUGA